UUGGUGGUGAGCAACAGUUGAUUUGUGCAAGUGUGCUGGUUUAGUCGGGUGGUCUCAAGUCUCGGAACAAGUUGUAUUUGGUGAAGAAGAGCUGAUCGAUGAAACGUGGCGAGAUGAACGCAAACUUGGUGUACAUCGGUACCACGAUGCUGGUGCUGUGCCUGGUCCCGAUUGCCAGCGGCUUGCAGGAUAGGAGAGCUUGUGACGCGGACGGGCUGUGCAGCGAAGCCUUGGACGAGAGAGUCGACGGGCGUUACUCGGAUAGACGCGUAGACAGGCUGGACCAGGAUCAGGAGCAACGUCUGCUGUUGUUCAACCGAAACGAGGAUCGCAAGGAUAGGAUGGGCUCUGACCGGCGUGCUGACCAGGACCGCAACGAAGAACGGAGAAUGGACGGUAGACGUGAAGCUCGGGAUGAACGGCGGGAAGAGGAACGUCGCGAGUCGAGACGCGUGGACGACACCCGUCGCGAACGUGAGAUGGGGCGACGCGAACGCAACGACCAUCGUGAGCGGGCUGCUGAACGAAGCCAGGAAGAUCGCCGUGAAAGCAGAGUUGAGCGUGCUGAAAAUAAUCGUGAGGAUCGCGAACGUAGAAACUCGGACGAACUUCGGGAACGAAACGUGGUUGAUCGUAGACAGGAAGAUCGACGUCAGAGCAGACUGGAUCGUGCUGAAGACCGUCGCGAGGAUCGCAAACGGAGAAACUCGGACGAGCUUCGGGAACGAAACGUGGAAGACCGACGUGAAAGCAGAGUUGAUCGUGCUGAAGACCGUCGCGAGGAUCGCGAACGGAGAAACUCGGACGAACUUCGUGAACGAAACGUGGAAGAUCGACGUCAAAGUAGACUGAAUCGUGCUGAAGACCGCCGCGAGGAUCGCGAACGGAGAAACUCGGACGAACUUCGUGAACGAAACGUGGAAGAUCGACGUCAAAGCAGACUGGAUCGUGCUGAAGACCGCCGCGAGGACCGCGAACGUAGACAAUCGGACGAGCUUCGGGAACGAAACGUGGAAGAUCGACGUCAAAGCAGACUGGAUCGUGCUGAAGACCGUCGUGAGGACCGCGAACGUAGACAAUCGGACGAGCUUCGUGAACGACGCAACGUGGUUGAUCGUCGACAGGAAGACCAACAAGUAGAACGUCGAGAGGAUCGCCGUGAAGAUCGUCGUGAGAGGGAAGAACGCCGAACCGAAGAACGUCGUGAGGAUCGCGCUGAUAGAACUGAUCGCAUGAGGGAGGAUCGUCGUGAGGACCGUCGUGAGGAUCGUGAAGAGGAACGACGAGUGGACAACCGCAGAUCGUCGGAUCGAGUACCUGACCGCCGAGAGAAUACAGAAGGUCGACGAUACCGAGAGGAUACCAUUCGAGCUGAUCGUUUGGACAGUCUGUACGUCAAGGACAAUAAUUCUGCCUCUCUGGUAUGGAACACAGUACAAGUAGCUUUGGCUGCCUUUAUCGGGUUUAAGCUGUUAAAGAAGAGUGAACAGGAAGGCGACCUGAAGCCAUCAUCUAUGCUAGCCAAUCUCGUUAGCUUCCGUCCGGUUGGCAUCACUGGACAGUAAACAGCAGCAAUCUUUCCAACAAAAGAUCACGGCAAGCGACUAUUGCUUUCGAACAUCCGGACAAAUCUCUAUGACAACACAGCAUCUAUAACCAACACACAAUAAUCAGUUAUUAACCAACCAAAAAUAACCAACCCAGUGUAAUAUCCAAAAGCAAACAUAUUAUGUAGAGAGCAGUGUAAUCGUUAGCAAACCUCCACACCAAGCAACACGAGGACCGAUCUCGAGUCUGAUGGCAACGUGACCUCACGAGAUUUCGCACGUGGCGCAGCACAGCUGCUGGCUUUUCCCAACGACGCCAGCAGCAGCAGCAUCGACCUUCUUCUCCCACAGAAGCGGGGAUACCUCCUCUUUGAAGGCACUUUAAAACAUUCCCAAUAUAGCGUGUGUGAAUAUGAACCCUUAAAUGGCAAGUCAAGAAAAUGCGUGUGAUACUGUUAGACCUUAAGGGCAGGCGAAGACAACGAUGGCUUGAUAAGAGAUGAUUUAUUAAAAUACAAUAUCCAAAAAUAUUCAUGUUUCCCAAUACAUACAUCCAGCAAAAGUGCAAAAUAAUCUAAGCUUGAAGCAACAUCCUGUACAAAAUGGCGCAGCAAAAAAUGAAAAGUAAAAGCUUUCGCUAUCCCAGCAAUAUAUUCAUGUGUGGGGUGUACAACACACCAACAACUUAUGUUGAAGAAAAAUCGACCAAAAACUGCUGUUGACAACAACGAAGCAAAUGCUAGCAAAGGGGAGUCUGUUAUCAUUAUCGUUAUAUUCUCUCUAUUGUUAUCCUAGGUUAACCACUUUCAUAUGCAUACUACUCACCACUCAAAAUAUACUAGAGAGCAAGAACUAUUUAAAAAAAAAACACGGUAGAUGAUGGAUAGGAAGCUUCAGAUCUAUGUGCUGUACCUUUAAUAAAUCUAUCAGCAAAGUAUAGUAACCAAACCAUAA